CGCGGGAUCGCUGGGCGAUGUCUCUAGGCUACUCACGUCGUGCCACCGAUGACGAUACGGUGACCUUAAGUCAGUUGCCUUCUGCUGAGACCCUUCAUCAGGACUGGGAAGGGAGGGGGAUGAACCCAGAAUAAGAAGCCUCACCUCCCCUUCUUUUUCUUUCUCCUCUUCCCCCUUUUACUCUUCCCCUCCUGUUUUCUGCUCUAUUUCCUCCCCCGCUCCCAUUCUUACUCUUCCUCACUUGCUGUCCUUUCCAUCCCCUACAUUCCCUCUGCCUCUGUCCCCUCUCUGCCACUUCCCCUUUCUCCCCACUCCCUGCCCCUCGCUUUCUCCUCCUCCCUUCCUAUCCCUCCACAUUUCAAUGUCUCUCCACAUUCCCCUGCUUGUCUUCUCUCCCCUUCCUCCCUUCCCUGCACCCUUUUCUGCUCUCCCCUCCCCUUUUAGUCCCCUUCCUCAUCUCACUGUCUCACCUCUCUCCUCCUCAUCUCAUCUCCCCCUCCCCUCCCCUCCCAUCCCCAUCUCCCCCGUCAUCUCACCCCCUCCCCUCCCUCAUCUCCCCUCCCCUCCCCCUCAUCAUCUCACCCCUACCCCUCCCCUUCCCCCUCUCUCAUUUCAUCCCCCUCUCUCAUUUCAUCCCCUCUUCCCUUUCAGUCUUUCCUUGGCUCUUCCUUCCUUUUAUCUUCCUACCCCUUUUCUCUUUCUAUCGCUCUCCCUCCCUCCCUCCCCCUCCCUCUCUUUUUCUCUCCCUCCCUCUCUCUUUCUAUAUCUCUCUCCCCUCCCUCCCUCUCUCUUCCUAUCUCUCUCUCUCUCUCUCUCUCUCGCUCCCUCCCUCCCUCUCCAGCAAUCGAAACCACUGCCAGUUGGGAGGCCGUGUGCUGGGCGCCUCAUGGAAAAGAAGCCGCCUUUCAUCUGUGGCAUUGUGGAAGGUUUCUAUGGCAGACCAUGGUCCAUGGAACAACGGAUGGUGCUCUUCAAGUGGAUGCAGAAGUGGGGGCUAAACGUUUACAUGUACGGCCCCAAGGAUGACCUGAAACACCGACUGUUAUGGAGGGAGACAUAUUCAGUGGAAGAGUCAGCCCAACUCAGAGCCUUGGUGUUGGGUGCGCAGGACUGUGGAGUUCAGUUUGUGUAUGCAAUCUCACCGGGACAGGACAUCACCUUCUCCAGCUCGUGUGACCUGGCCUUGCUGAAGCAGAAACUGAGGCAGGUCAAGGGGUUUGGCUGCAUGGCCUUCGCCAUCCUGUUCGACGACAUCGACCAUACCAUGUGCCCCACCGACAAAGAGGCCUUCAGCUCAUUCGCCCAUGCUCAGAUCUCAGUGUCCAAUGAGAUCUACCAGUACUUGGGGGAGCCUCCGAUCUUCUUGUUCUGUCCUACUGAGUAUUGUGGUUCCUUGUGCUACCCAAGUCUCAAGAUGUCCAACUAUCUGAAAAUUAUAGGAGACAACCUCCACCCUGGCAUUGGGGUCAUCUGGACAGGCAGCACAGUUAUCUCCAAGGAGAUCUCUGCCGAAUCGGUGUCAGAGGUUGAAGAAGUCAUUAAACGUCGACCGCUGAUCUGGGACAACCUUCAUGCCAACGACUAUGCCCAGCGUCGGGUGUUCCUGGGACCGUACAAAGGACGCCCUUCCAGCCUGGUCUCCAAGCUGAAAGGCAUCUUGCUCAAUCCCAACUGUGAGCUGGAGGCCAAUUACAUACCUAUCCACACGCUGGGCACCUGGUACAAGUGCGGCCUGAGGACAGAAGGGUCCAGUGAGUCGGAUACCGAUGAGAGGGCUGAGACCAGCCAGACGUACUGUCCCAAUGAAGCUCUGAAAUUGGCACUGGCUGACUGGGUGAAAGAAGUCAACAGGCCUUUGUUCCCAAGCAGACAGCUCCUAAAGGAAGAAAAGGAGGGAGGGCUGGUGAUCCAACCUACUGACGAGGUUACUCUAAAUGGAAAGGGUGAACCGGGCACCGGGGAGCCGGAAGCAGUAAACUCUGACCAACAGGGCACGCUGAAGGUGCCAGUGAAAGCGGAAGCUCACGAGGAUUUGGAGGCAGGCAGCGGCAGCCAGCGCCCGGUGACGGACGUCGGCCGGGAGGUGGAGAGCAAUGGUCCUGGAGUGGGCGGGUCUGAGACCCAGAGCACUCCGGAGGCUCCUGGGAAAACGGAGGUGGAAUCGGCAGGGACCAGCCAGUCGACUGACAGACCCCCAGAGCCGGUGGGGCUCAGGAGCGGAGCGAUGGAGGCGGCUGACGGGAUCCAGGCUGUGAGUGGCUCUGGUCAGGUGAAGGGAGGGGGCUGCUGCUCACCCAGCCUGAGCCUGGAUGACCUGCGGCUGAUGGUAGAUCUCUUUCACCUGCCAUACGAACACGGCGAGGAGGCAGCGCGAAGGCUGCGUGAGUUCCAGUGGCUCAAGGCCAACACCGACUGCGUGAGUGCCAACACCAAGGUUGACAGCCAGAAGGCGGAGGAGUGGAGAGCACGCGCGCAAACAUUCCAGCUCUGGUGUGAUGGAAUUGUCCAACUCUACCGGCAGUUCAUGAGAAGCUCGAACAGGGCAAUUGUCUACGACCUUUACCCUUACCUCUGGGACAUCAGGAACACACUCCUCGUUGCCAAGGCUUUUGUGAUGUGGCUGGAUGGCCGUAUUGAGAAGAAUACCUUCUCCUUUAACUCUUGGAUGAACUGCUUCCAGUGGUGCCGUACCAACAGUACUCCUGUUGUCUUAGGAACAGAGGGGGAGACUUGGAUUUACAGAGGCGGGCUUGUGGGAGAGUUUCAGAUGAUGCUUCCAAUCACAAGCAGCAGUGAGCUCUUUAACCAGCCCCCUCCGGUCUUCCCCACGCUGAAAAUGUACACCAUCAGGCCCUUUGACCAGAAGGACAAGAGGGUGUUGUACUCCAUGUGCCUGGAGAGCUAUGUCUGCAACGUGAAAGGGAAGGAUGACACAAACUGCCACCCCGACCUGAUUGGAGACAGGUUCCUGGGCCACUUCCUGACAUUGUGCCCGGAUUACUGCUUUGUGCUGGAGGACGAGCAUGGAGUUUGUGGCUGUGUGUGUGGAGCCUUGGAGGUCAAGGCAUUCCUGAAGGGGACUGAGGCAGUGUGGCUUCCUGCCAUGCAGGAGAAAUACUCCAAACCUACAGCUCUCGAAAGCCUAACUCCGACUCAGGAGCUGAUGAUGUUUUUCUACAGGAAGACUCCCAGUUUCUCCGACUCCCUGCUCUAUCACUUCCCGUCCAUUAUCCAACUGGACGUCCACCCAAAGAUGUCAGAUCCCAGCGAGGCUCGGAAUUUAGUUAUCUGCGUAUUGUCUGCACUGAAAGCUAAUGGUUCCCAGGGCGUGUUCUGUGAACUGAAGGCCAGUGACAAGAAGGGCUUGGAGUUCCACCUCAGCUUGGGCUUCCUGGAGCUGCCGGGGGCAGAGGCUUCGAUGCCGCAGGGAGUGAUCCUCGGGAGGCUCCUGUAACCCCUCCCCGCCUG